AUGACGGGGUUAAUCGGACAACUUACGAAUGUACCAAAGAGAUUAGCAGUGCCUUACCGUGAUAGAAAGUCUUGGUUAACAGCUAAGCUUAUGAAUCUUAACAGCGCAUUCACAUCACAGGCACGAUUCCAAACCACUAUUGAAGAUCCAACUUACAAAGGACUCUUUUAUCACUCCACACAUGAUGCAGUAAACUAUUCGUUAUCUUUUAUCUCUGAUCGCAAAAAAGUUGAGAAAUAUGACAUAUCAGUGAUUGGUUGGGUACCAUUUCAAACAGGAGUGCCAAAGUUGAUGGUAGGGAACUUUAAGGAAAAUAAUAAUUUUAUAAAGUUCUUGCAUCAAGUGAUAGCGGAUAAUGUAGCAGACGCAGAUCCUCAAUUACAAGCUUUGGCCAAGUAUCAACAAAAUGGCUGGCUUCAUGUUGCUGAUGUUCGUGAUCCUGCACCUUGGGAAGAUAUCUUUGGUAUGGUUCAAGUAAAAGACGGGCUAAUAAUUCCUGGGACAUAUCAACCUAUGCCAACCCAUCGAAUUCUAACAGCAAAAGGAUUAUUUAUGUUGAAUAUUCCAUUUCAUAAAAAGUUAUUGGAGAAGUUAAGUAAAAUUUGUCGAUAA